CACGAUGACUUUACGUCGUUCCGCUGUACGCCGUGCUUCAUUAUUGGCUGGCACACACUCUGACACCAAGGGAACUAACAGCACAGCUACUUUCGCCACUGUAGGAACGAACACUACAAUCACUCUCGAUCAAGUCGAACGUCUACUGCAAUUCAAGGAAGAGAAUAUUGAGAGACGCAGUGACCUUCCCGAAGUACAUGAAUUUCUGAACGUAACAUCGGACGAUCAGCUAAAAUCAGAGAACCAACAACUAAAGAUGGAACUUCAAAACCUCAAAGGUGAAAUAAGCAAAGCCAAUUUGAAAUUACAAGCAAAAGAAAACACUAUACAUGAGCUUAUAAAGAAGCAGGCUGAAAUGGCGAGAAACAACAAAAAGUUAAACAGUAAACUCCAAGAAGAAAAGGAUGAGAAGAUGCAUGAGUUGGAAAACCAGGUUUUGACAUUGGAAAGGAAAAUAGCAGAAAGAGACGGGCAAGAGCAGGCUUGUUGCAUUGAAGCAAGGAAACAAUUGGAAGAAAAAGAAGGAAUAAUAGAUCGAUGGAAAGAGGAGGUACAGAAACGGCGCAAAGAUGUUGAGGAUGUUUGUAAAGCAUUGCGACAUCAGAAACACGAAUGUAAGAAACACAGUACAGAACUUGCUAAAGCUCUAGAAAAGGUGAACAAAUUGGAGAAAAAUCUUGACGACUCCGAAAAAAACCUUAAGAAAAAAGAUGAACAUAUCAAGUAUCUGCAGAGUAAAAUAGAUCUGUUAAGAAUGGGACAGAAACCAGGAGUGCAUAACAUGUCAAAAAUGGAGCCAUUUGAUGACGAAACUACUAGCAGUCGACCAGACACAGCUAUCGGUUUCAGCCCUACUCUAUCUCGGAGCUCAACGCCAAAGGAUGUCUUAAGUGCAACAAUAAUAGAAGGUAACUCAUUCAAAAUCUAAUUUCGCAAUUUGAAAGUUGGGGGCACCGAUAACAAGACCUUCCAUAUAGGAUCAAACAGCAACGUCAACGUGUAUUGCGGACCACCGCCAGGUAAUUACGCACAGGCUAGCGACACAGAUGUCAACGCCACGUUCAGGCAAGACACCUGCAGGGAGUACACAUCAACGCCAGAGGGGCAACACGUUCUAGUACAAGGCACGAUGACGUUACGUCAUUCCGCUGUACGCCGUGUAUUAGCUGGCACACACACUGAACCCAAGGGGACUGACAGCACAGCCACAUGCGCCACUGUAGGAACGAACACCACAAUCACUCUCGAACAAGUCGAACGUCUAGUGCGAUUCACGGACAAGUUAAAGGAAGACAAUAUUGAGAGACGCAGUGACUUGCCGCAAGUACAUGAAUUGUUGAACGUAACAUCGGACGAUCAGCUAAAAUCGGAGAACAAACAACUAAAGACGGAACUCCAAAACCUCAAGGGUGAAAUAAGCAAAGCCAAUUUGAAAUUACAAGCAAAAGAAAACACUAUAAAGAAGCAGGCUGAAAUGGCGAGGAACAACAAAAAGGAAAUCAGUAAGCUCCAAAAAGAAAAGGAUAAGAAGAUGCAAAACCAAGUUUUAACAUUGGAAAGAAAAAUAGCAGAAAUCGAAAGAGAAGUGAAAGAGCAGGCUUGUUGCAUUGAAGCAAGAAAACAAUUGGAAGAAAAAGAUGGAAUAAUAGAUCGAUGGAAAGAGGAGGUACAGAAACGGCGUAAAAAUGUUGAAGAUGUUUGUAAAGCAUUGCGACAUCAGAAACAUGAGUGUAAGAAACACAGUACAGAACUUGCUAAAGCGUUAGAAAAGGUGAACAAAUUGGAGAAAAGUCUUGACGACUCUGAAAAAGACCUUAAGACACAAGAGGAACAUAUCGAAUAUCUGCAGAAUAGAAUAGAUCUGUUAAGAAUGGGACAGAGACCAGCCGCAAAUCCUACCAGAAGAACUUACCCCCCUCCAACUUAA